ACACGUUUACUUUGAUUAUUCGUAUUGAUUUAAUCACAGGAUCGUGUGUGAUGAAUGCCUUGAUUGCCUGGAGAUUUAUCUUUUCCUCUAAACUGACCUUCCUUAAUUUGAUCAGUGGAUGGCGCCUUAAUCAUGCAACAGAGUCUGCGCAGUCAGCCCACGUGUAGAGACAGUUUCCUGUUAGGGUUUAGUGUGAGCAACGCACUAAACAACCUGUUUUGAAGUGCUUUUGUGUCAUGGAUCAAUUACCCGCGGACCUCAAAGCAUUUCUACUUAAUCACCCCUUUCUUCAGCUCACAGAUGACAAAAAGAUCAAAUGCACUUUGAAUGGCCACGAGUUUCCUUGCAACCUGGUGGAGCUGCAGAAGUUCACCCAGGGCAAGAAAUAUGAGAAACUGAGUGCUGCAGCAGAGUUCAACUACAGCCAGUAUGAACCACACAUCGUGCCGAGCUCGAAGCAACCCAAGCAGCUCUUCUGUAAGCUGACGCUUAGACAUCUCAACCGCCAGCCGCACCAUGUCUUAAGACACGUCAAUGGGAAACGGUUCAAGAAAGCCCUUUCUAAAUAUGAAGAGUGUGUGAAGCAGGGGACUGAAUUUGUUCCAGUCAGACUGAAACAGAAAAGGCCCAGGGACAUCGGAGAGGAGGUCGGUCAGGGGAAGGGCUCGAAACAUUCGCACAUGUGGGAGCCUUCAUCCAGUGGAGAGGAGCACAGUGACUCAGAGGACAGCAUGAGCGACCUCUACCCUCCCUCCAUGUUCAGUUUAAAAAACGCAGCAGAAGAAAAUAUGGAAGGUGGAGGCGACGAGGAGGAGGAGGAUGACUUCCAAACAGAUGAGGAUGAAGAAAUGGAGGUGGAGAAGCAGGUGGUGGAGAAACGCAAAAAGGUUCAGGGUGGAGGCUUUCAGAAGAAAUUCAGAAAUAACAACUGGAAACGCAAGAAACAAGGAAAAGUGAAAAAUGGAAAGUAGAACUGUGACACCAUCUCUGCACAGUACGUUUACACCUGGUUAUAUGUCAGGGCGCAAUGCCGACAUCCAGUGUGGAGUGUUAUUCCUGUUUCUAAGGCAACCUGACCCUCAUCAGCCUGACAUGCAUUUCCAAGGAUGUUUCUGAGGUUUUGUUUUUGUUUUGAUAAUUCAUGAUGUUGCACACUUCAAACAAAGCUGCAUUACACGUGCGUACACAGUUACACGCAUUACACAGUGUGUUUGUAGCAUAUAACAGAUCAUUUGGACUGUAUAAGUUGUAUUUUCUGUACUACAAACAGGUACACUAGUACAAAAUACAACAUUGUUUGGAUUUGCAAA